AUGGGCCGCGUCGGAAGAAAACAAGAAGUUAUAACUCAUUUAACAACUUAUUAUUCUGAUUUAACUGAUGAUGCAGCUGGUCGUAUCUACGAUGAAGCAACGAACUUGUAUCAUGAAUCAUUAACAUACACUAAUUUUAAUUUAUUGUUGGAAAGGGACGAGAAAAUUAUUUCGGCACUCGUUACCAUUAUUAUAUUUGAAAUCGAUUUAGAUAAACUAAAGGGACUUCAUGGACAAAUUAUGAUGUUUAUUCUUUUUUCGUACAAAACAAUUGCUCCGACAUAUGUUUUUGUACAAGCAAUUGGUCAUUAUGUUCAAGACGAUGGCGACGUGAUUCAAUCAACAAAAUUAUUACGAAUAAUAUUGGAUAGUUUAUAUGAUUAUGUUAACAAAUCAAAAAUUGAUUCAUUGAAUUCACAUUCUCAUUUGUUCAAAUCAUUUAACAGAAACUUAAACUUAUUAGAACAACAAAGAAAAGAAAUGCUUGAAGAUGUUAAAAAACAAGAAGAAGCAAAAAAGUUUAUUGAAAGUGAUGUAGAAGCAGAAAUUAAAAAGAUAAUGUUUAUAGAUUAUCUUCCUCAUAAUAUUUUAUAUCAUUUAUGUAAAUAUUUAUCAAUUAUUGAUAUUAUAAACUUAUCAAAAACAUGCAAACAAUUAUAUAUAUUAACUGAAAAUGAUAAUUAUUUUUGGAUGAUGUUAAUUAAAAAUCAUUUUGGUUUUAAGUUAUAUAAACGUUAUGUUCAUGAAAUAUUUUAUAACGAAAAGAAUUCAGAUUAUGUUUUAUAUCGUACGAAUAAAGACAAAGAAAAAUUCGAAAAAUAUUUUGAAAUAAAUAAAUUAUUUCUUGUAUGUAUUACAUGGGUAUUCAAUAUGUUAAAUUGUAAAGAUAGUAUUGAUGGUUAUUUAGCUUAUAAAAGUUUAAUGAAACAAAAAAAACAUCCACGUACAAAUGAUUUACGAAUGUCUCUUACAAUAGAAGAAGUAUUCGAUUAUUAUCUUAAAAGAAAUAAUUAUUUAACUAAAGAAAAUAUUUUACAAAUAUCAUUUUAUAAAUUAAUUUAUUUUUAUUUAAUUGAAUUAAAACGUUUACUAGCUGUAAAUUUGUUUGGAAUACAUUUACAUUGUUCAAAGGAUCAUUUAAAUUGUAUUAAUAGAUUAUAUCCCAAACAAGAAGAUGAUUUAACAAGUUCAAUAGGUCGAUGUGUUCGUUUAUAUACAGUUCGUCCUCAAUUUCUAUUUGGUAUUAGAGGUAAGUUUAAAUCAAUAUGGCCUGGAAUAUAUGAAAUUAUAUGUCGUAUUAAACUGGAUAAGAAUGAAGAAUAUUUAACAUUUUACAAUGAAUAUUGUAGUCGAGCUCCAGGAUCAGAAAAAAAUGUCCAAUGCUAUUUUUAUGCAUUAGCUGGUCAUGGUCUUGAUUGUGAAUGCAACGGGAAAAAAAUGAAUUUCAAUUGGUUUGAAUCAAAAUAUUUACUAUAUGGUAAUCAAAAUUGGUUCAAUGAAACAAUGGGAAAAAUAAAAGUAUUCGAAUUAUCGGAUAUUUAUUUUGGAUUUCAAAUUAAAAAUGAAUAUUGUUAUCGUAAUAUUUUACUUGAUUAUGUACAAUUAAAUAUUGUUGAAUAA